AUGGCGUUCAAAUAUAUGAUACUGGCCGUGGCCCUUGUUGGGUUGGCAGGAGCAAACCCCGCAAGCAAACCGGCAUUCUGGAAAGGAACUCCGAUGGACGGCAUGGUGGAAGAGAUGCGUUCAAUGUGCAGUACAGAUAACGAUAGCGGGGCCUGCCUCAAGUACAAGAUCAUGAGCUUUUUGGAUACUGUGUUCAAAAAAGAUAACUUCCAGCUCACCGACGACGUUGAAGUUCACGGCAAUGGAUACACUGGAAACGGAGCUCGCAGUGCCGCAGGAUUGGUUGAUAAUGUCGAACAAUAUCUAAAGAGUCACGACGUUACCUUUAAACUACCUCUUGCCAACGCAAAGGUUACCGUAUCGCCCCGAAACAUGGACAACGACGAACUUAGUUUGACAGUUAACUUUCCCAAAGCUGACAGCGCACGAAGCGUUGGAGAAGCACGAAAGUCUAAACUGAAGAAGAUUGUAAUCCCAAUUAUGGUGUUCAUCCUCCUGAAGGCGAUGACUUUGAUCCCGAUGGCCCUCGGAAUCCUCGGACUGAAGGCCUGGAACUCAUUGCAGCUCUCUUUCUUCUCGUUCCUAGUUUCCGUUGGAUUAGCAGUUUUCCAGCUGUGCAAAAAGCUCGCUGCUGAUAGCCACCACCCGCAUAUCGCUGCUCACGGUCCCUGGGACGCCGGCCGUUCAUUCGGUUCCGUCGAUGCCGAACCAGAAUAUACCGGACAGGAUCUGGCGUAUAAUGCAUAUGCAUAA